CUUCACCAAGCAAGGUCACGCUCAUCACGACGGGUAUUAGUGGCUAUCGAAGGAGAGACUCUUCUGGACGUAUAACUCCUGUAUACCGUUCACAGGAAGAACUGCUCAACAGGAAUUCAGUCUCGAACAGACCAAGCAACAUACUCUCUCCUUCUUAAGACCUCGACGGUAAGACCCUUUCGUAGCACCGUCGAUAGAAGACAACAUGAUCCCAUCAUGGCAAAAUAUGGCAGAAUUAGAAGUUAUUAUCAAAUAAUAUUGCCAUUUAUGCUAGUGCUAUUUAUUUUGGGGUUCCUCUUCUUGUUGUGGCUAUGGAAUUUUUUAGAGGAUUUGCAAGACAGCAGUGAAUUUUACCCAGACGGUCUUACUAAAUGUCCCCCAGAGACUUACACUGUUCAUGAAGAUGAAAGCGGAAGGAUCAAAUGUUUCGCUUGCCCUGUAUGCCCUCCUGGGAAGGAACCUUCAGCACCGUGUGGUAUUACAUUGGAUACAAAACCUGCUGGUGAAUGCAUACCUUGCAAACCAGGAACAUAUUCAGACAAAGUCGACAGUAGGUCCUGCAAGAUAUGCAGUGAUUGUGAAUCAAGAAACAUCAUUAGCUCUUGCACCACAGAGAAAAACACAGAAUGUCAAGACUGUCCAAAGAGACACUACGAAGAUGAAAAAACACACGGAUGCAAACCUUGCUCUGGUUGUUGUCCAAAAAGUUAUGCGGCUCAAAUAGAAUGCUUGAUAUCGAAAAAAUGUAGAGAAAGUUGCGCACGGUCGACAAAAACAAGGAAAUAUUUGAAUAAAAAGAUUGCAAGAUCUACGAAUGCUAUGAACAACGAAGCGUUAACGAAAGAACCCACUAUGUCACUGAAGCAAAGUCGUAUGAAAAAUAUGAGCCAAUUUGACCAAUUGGACUCCAACGACAAAAAUGUUUCAUUGACUAUAGUAAAACGAGACUUGGAGGCCGAAGUUGAAUCAAAAAGUGAUCAGUCUUUGAACAACAGGGACAGCCAAACGGGAAAAAAUUCCUACUGGGAUGAACUAGAAGAAGAAUUAGAUUUUCUUAGGAUUCCUCCCAUUAAAAACAUAAAGGAGGAGGAGGUUGAGCAGCCAAUAACGGACCAAAGUAAAAAUUCAAACCAUCUUUUAACACCGAAAAGGAGAUUCAACGGGACCAAAAUUCCUGCGAUUGAAGUGGAAGAGCAGGUUUCUUCUCAAGCGUCACUUGGAAAAAAUUACAUCACUUUUCAAACAACUGAGACUCCACUAAAAGAAGUAACAGAGUUGGGAGAGGUAACACCACACGAUGACGCUGCGCAAAAUGAAUUCCUGAACUCGGCCCUCGGCAGCUUUGCCGGAACAAUUUUAGCCGCUGUUUUUCUGGUACUUAUGGGACUUCUCUUGUAUACCUUAUACAAAAAGUGUGUCUGCAAGAUGCUACAAGACCCGAAGGAGUUAAAAAGAACGUCAUCAGACUCCACAGAACCUCAAAGUACAGGUUUCACCUUGGACAGUGCAGAAGGAGAAACUACCGAUGAGACCCUCAACGAAGCAAGCACUGUUACAGUGUCACAGGAUCUCAAUCUAGCAGAUAUGCCCCCAGACCUCCUGGAUGAACUGGUGAUGCGUCUGGAUGUUCCACAGGGUGACGUACAGUCUGUACAUCAUAGCAGGACAUUCGGUUGGCAGAUAGUAGCAAACGCGGUUGGAAUUCCUCCUACAGAAUUCAAAUACUAUGAACACUUAGGAACUCUUAAAGAUGAAAGCCCAACUAAACGAUUACUUGAGAAAUUGGGAAGUCAAGGAAAGACUAUAUCGGAUCUUAUUGCUGUACUCAACAGACCUAAAGUAAAACUUGGAAAUGUUGCCGACACGAUAAUUCGGCACCGUGUGCCGAGGAACUAAAAUGUGGUUUCCACGCAUUCUUUAAUGCAAUUUAUAUUUUUAUCUAAAGAAAAUUUAAAUGCAAAGUUGAAAGUUCAAUUAAAUGAUACCACUUAA